UCUCGGAUCAGCGACGCACACUUAGCGGACACAAUGAUUGGCAAAGCAGUGGAGCACAUGUUUGAGACAGAGGAUGGCUCUAAAGAUGAGUGGAGGGGGAUGGUCUUGGCACGGGCACCUGUCAUGAACACAUGGUUUUACAUCACCUAUGAGAAAGACCCUGUCUUGUACAUGUACCAGCUCCUAGAUGAUUACAAAGAAGGCGAUCUCCGCAUCAUGCCUGAUUCUAAUGAUUCGCCUCCAGCAGAAAGGGAGCCAGGAGAAGUUGUGGACAGCCUGGUAGGCAAGCAAGUGGAAUAUGCCAAAGAAGAUGGCUCGAAAAGGAUUGGCAUGGUCAUCCACCAAGUAGAGGCCAAACCCUCUGUCUAUUUCAUCAAGUUUGAUGAUGACUUCCAUAUUUACGUCUACGAUUUGGUGAAAACAUCCUAGAUGUCAUCACAAGCUUUGCCAAAUUUGUGGAACUAUUAAAUGUAUAAUUUGUAGACAUAAA